AUUAUGCCUUGCUUGGGAGCACGUAGAAAACCAAGUAGUACGAAUAUCAGUAGUUUUACUAGUAGACAAAAUAGUAUCUCCAAUGAUAAAUUCAUACCCACACCUCCCACACCUACCACCACCACCGCUGUUGCUUCUGCUGCUGUUACUUCUGUUGCUGCUUCCAUUCAUACAGGCAAUCUAAGUCGACAUGCUAGUAUCGCAAGUCAUCAAUCUGCUGCGGCUGCUGCUGCCGUAGCUCAAAUAAAACAAGAGUGUAGCGAUCUAAAAUCCAUGAACAAAAAGCACUUGGAAAUAAUUACAAAGCAAACAGAAGAAUUAGCUCAACUUCGAAAAGAACUCAGUAUUAAAUCUAUGGAAAUUCCACAGCAGCAAUCUUCAACGGAUGAUGGAUUACAAAAGGAAUUAUAUAAAUUAGAAUCCCGUCAUAAAGAAACCAUCUCCACUUUAGCUGAAAAGGAAGCCCUCCUAGAAGAAACCAAUCAAAGAUUACAAGAAUUAUUAAUGCAUCGAGCGGACGAUAAAGAAAGUCCCUCGGAAGAAGAAAGGGACAAUGAAAUUUAUUUACAACUCGAAGAAAAAGAUCGUCUACUUCAAGAAAAGGAUUUACAACUUGAAGAAUUGAAAGCACAAUGGAACGCUGAGAGAGCUGAAUUAAUUAAACCUGCUUUACAACAAGUAACAGCUCAAUUAGAAGAACUUAAAGAAACCAAUAAAAUUGCAGUCGAUAGAUUAUCUGAAAAAGAAAACGAAUUGGCAGAACUUCGUUCCCAAUUAACUCGAAGAGAUAGAAAACCAAAGCAAUCGUUUACACAUGACCAAGACAACCAAAGAAGAUUAAAUCGUCUCACCAUGGAUCUUGAAAACGAUCGUCUUUUAAUACAAAGAUUAGAUGAACUUAACCAGCAACUAGAGGCGCAAAAACAAAACCAUGAAACCAUUUUGGAAUCACACGCAAAAGUCAUUGCAGAAAAGGACCAUGCCUUACUUCAACAACAAAAAUCUUUAAAGCAAUUAAAGAUCAAUCAUGAGAAUGCAACAAAGACGUUGGAACAGGAACAAUUACACCACCUCAAGAAACUUCAACUCCAGCAUGAGACGGAUAUGAAUCAACUGAAUAAACGAUUAAAACUAGCGGAAAAUCAAGCUAAAUCCACUGUCGAUGAUGAACUGGAUCAAAUCCUUGUCGAGUUUGAACAGUCGCAACACAAUCAUUCUAUUCAGGUAGCUCAUCUACAACAGUCUUAUCAAGAACAAAUCUCUGUGAUGAAACAAGGUCAACAAGCUGAACUCCAAAGUCUUAUUGGCUCUGGUAAAAAUAAUAGUGGAUCACAACGCACCAAGUUGAAACAAAGACAACCCAGUGUGACUAAAUUACGUGAUUCUAAAUUUCAAUGGCCACCUGCUGCACCUACCUCCAUUGCAGGUUAAACCGAUCUUCCCCUCUACUUAAACAAUAAAAUAUUUAUCUCUCUCUCUCUCUUACACACACUCAUAUUCUAUAACUCACUAAAUAAACCUUUUUAUUUACCCCCCCUCACCUCUUUGUAUAACACACCGUCAACACGCUUGUCAAUUAAAAAAUAGAGACGUAAACAAACAUUGAUCCCCUAGGUAACCGUGUCACACUAAGUGAUCGUCCUUGUAUCACCUUUUCUAGUACGUUUUCAAAAUUUUUACUUUUUCUUGUCAACUACUCUAAUUAUAAACUUUUUUUUUCUCUCUCUCCCCG